AGUGAAAAUUAUUGAGUGUGAACGAAGUAUUAGGAAAGUCAAAUAUACAGCAAUAUGUACAUAUUUGGAGUUCAUAUUCUUUUCUAAUUUAUACACCGCGUAUAAAUUAAAUACUGAUCAUCACGAGCUCUGUACCAAGUUAAUGUGCAAGCUUUUCUCGAUCGAGUUAGACCUGACCUGUAACUUAUUGUUAGUACGAUGGCAGCCACAAGCAGCAGUGCAUCAGCCAGUGGAAUAGUUCUUGAACCACUCACAAUAGACAACUACGACAACUGGAGUCGUCUUGUGAGAAACUACCUAAUGGGGCAAGAUCUCUGGAAGAUUGCCAUGUUUCCUAACAUGGAUGUGAAGUCUAAAGAAGAGUAUGAGAAUUGGGAGAGGAUUAAUGCCAUGGCUUUACACAUCAUUCAGCUAGCAUGUGGAUCACAGAAUCUGACUCAUAUUAGAGAUGUUGAAACGGCCAAAAUGGCCUGGAGUAAAUUAAAUGUGUUAUACACCUCAAAAUUGAAAGCCGACUCAGAUAUUCCGCAAGGUAUAGCGGAAGAUAAUCUGGGUGACUAUAAAAAGCUGCACAUGCAUGUUCUUAGUGGCGAGUGGGAAGAUGCAGAAUCAUUCAUCUAUACAAAACGCCAAGCUAUAUAUUCCAAAUCCUCAUGGGAUAGGACUGUUCUUCACACUGCAGUAAUUGCGGGGCAUGGAAAAAUUGUGAAGGAAUUAGUAAAGAUAGGGAAAGACAGAUUGGUAAAUAUUCAAGACAAAAAUGGCUACACUGCUCUUGCACUUGCUGCAGAACAAGCGGGAAACAUUGAAAUAGCCAAGUAUAUUAUCAGGGGAGCAAUAGACCAACCCCGCCUGCUAACUGUAAAAACUGAAGCCGGUGAAAUCCCUGUUCUUCGUGCUGCUGCUAAGUCACACCAAAAAAUGACCACAUAUCUUUAUACCAGAACUCCGUUUCAACAGUUCCAAGAUGCAAAUUCCCACAAUGGCUCUUUGCUUCUUACACGAUGCAUCACCGCAGAAGUAUUUGAUGUGGCUUUAGAUUUACUCCUGCGUACAAAAGUGCCUCUUGCCCUUGAUGCUGAAUCCCAGGACCUACAGCCCCUAUACGCACUGGCAUGUGUGCCUUCUGCAUUCAAAAGUGGUUGCGGAUACGGACUCCUUCAACGAGGCAUUUAUAAUAUUUUGAUAGUCCAAUUUAACCACGAGGAGGACGACGACGCUGAUGCUACUAUAAAAGUGGUGGUGUCCCAAGUUGCUCCAGAGGAAGAAGACCAGCGUAAAUCUUCUUUUACGGGAAGGUUCUGUAGACGGGUGUUGAAUUUUGGGCCAGUAAAGCUUUUAGGUCGAAUACUCCUACCAGUUUACAUGUUAGUUCAAAAAUCACUUUUGAUUAUGCUCCCUGGAAUGAGGAAAAUAUAUGAUCAGAAAAAGAACCACCUCAUAGUCCGUGAAAUAUUGAGGAUAUUGCAGAAAAGAAUUCGGGAUCCAGAGGAAUUCAACAAUACACAGCUGCAAGACGCAUCGGGAUACGAUGCCAUGUUGCAGGCAGCCAAGCUUGGAAUUAUUGAGUUCAUAGAUAUAAUGAGCAAGGCUAAUCCUAACCUUUUAUGGGCCAUUGACCAAAACAAGAUAGGCAUAUUUACGCAUGCAGUCAUGAAUCGUAAAAAAGAAGUCUUCUAUCGCAUACAAGAUGCAAAAGUAAAUGGACGAAAGGAUAUAAUUAAUGGUCGUCCAGAUGCUUCUGGCAAUACCAUCUUGCACAUGGCAGCAUAUCUAGGGCCUUCUUCUGAUCUUGAUAACAUACUUGGUCCUGCUCUCCAGAUGCAAAGAGAAAUUCAAUGGUUCAAGGAGGUGGAGAGAAAUGUGAAUCCCAGGUGUAAGGAAGCCAAAAAUGCAGAAGAUAAGAAGCCUAUUGAGGUAUUCAAUGAAAACCACAAGGAGUUGGUGAAAGCUGGAGAGAAAUGGGCAAAAGAAAUAGCUGGUCAUUUUACAAUUGUGGGCACUCUCAUAAUGACUAUUAUGUUUGCUGCAGCCUUCACUAUCCCAGGAGGGAACAAUCACAAUGACAAGAUACUUACUGCUUUCAUUAUAUCAGAUGCUGUAUCUCUUUUCACUUCUUCAGCUUCAGUCUUGCUUUUCAUUGGGAUUCUCACCUCGCGUUAUGCGGUAAAUGAUUUCCACAAGAGCUUGCCAUGGAAGUUGUUUUUCGGGCUCCUUUUCCUUUUCUUGUCUGUCUUCUCUAUGAUUGUUGCCUUUUGUUCUUCGCUUGCUAUGUACCGGAAGGGACACCAACUAGUCAAAAUUGCAGCCAUCUCAGUCAGCUGUGUUCCGGUCUACGUCCUUCUACAAUCACUGGGCCUCUUCAUUGAGAUUUUCAAAUCUACAAUAAGAUCCGAACUUGUUCACCUCUUUUCUCCACCUCCACUUUGGAAGAAUAAGAAGAGAGAUGAAAAAAAUGACUAAUGUAAUAUGUGAUAAGAUAGAAAGAACGUGUGAAAAUAAUGAUAUGAGAGAAAAUGUAAAUAAAUCAUUAUUCAUAAGAUCCUUGUUAUAUUCUUCAA